GGCUGCAAAGAAACCAAAGAGAGAAAAUGAGGUUAAAAAAAUAGAAAAGCCCUGAAGUUCUUCAGACAGAAAAGAGGAUGGAUUUCCUGCUCGGAGCCACACCUCACAUCGAGAGGGCAGACAGAGAGACUUUGUCCAGGAGCUGCAGCUGCUGGUUCAGGGUCUCGGGGAGCCGUUUUCCAGCAGCUCUGCUGUCACUUCUCCCUCUACGGUAAAACUGGAAGCUGCACCUUUGAAAACAUCGGAUUUGGGAUUUAAAGUUGGGAUCUUUCCAUCCCCCAAUUUUGAGAAAUAAAAGCUUUACAUCUCAGUAUCCAAUAAAAUCUAUUGGCAGAUUAUCUUAGUUCACACUUUUGAGUGUUUUCAAACACCACCUUGACUCUGAGGCGGCCUGCAUUCGGGGUUUCUCAGUAUCUACGUCGACGUUUGUCUGGAUGCCCCAGGAUUAUCCUGCAGUUCCUCGUCCGGCCUGCAGGGUGGAAGCGGAGACCAACGGCCGGCCGCUGGACAGGCAGAGCAUCACCAUGAGCGACUUCUGGCACAAGAUGGGUUGCUGCGUGGUCGCUAAACCGCCACCGAAGAAGAAGAGGAGGAAGAUCGAUCGCAGCAUGAUCGGAGAGCCGACAAACUUCGUUCACCUCACGCACAUCGGCUCUGGAGAGAUGGCGGAGGGCCUGCAGCCGUCGGGACCGGUUCAGGAACAGAUGAGGUCCAAAGGCCCGAACACAAGCGUCAGGAACAGCCUUUUAUAGCUGAAAAUUCAAGAUGGAGGCCUCCUCUAGAGGUCAAAGGAGUGCUUUAAAGCUAAACCGACCAGCUGACUGACCUCCUCCUCAUCCUGAACAUCUGAGCCUCUCCUCCCAACCAACCAAAGAGGAGUUUGGACGCGUCUACUGUGCUUAUUUCACCUUUUCCACCCCCUGAGCCUGCGAUAAAUGAAUCCAGGCGCCAAAGACACUUUUUAUUUUCACAAUUCCUACGCCACCUAAAGACUCACGGCCUGAGCUGGGAGGGGUUUCCCUCGUCAGUAUUAAACUAAACUGAGGAACGACUCUCACUGGACUCCAUUUCCCAGCAUCCCUCAUUGUGAGACAUAAAUAAAUGACAGAAAGUCUGUACUUAAGCACAAAAAUGUACCAAAAAGGCCCUUUUAAAAAAAUUUCUUCUAACUUUUGCUCUGACAGGAUGGUCACACUUUAGUUUGGAGGAUGAGGUUUCGGCAUUUUUUUUCCAGCUUUUUUCUUUAGCCGACUGCGGUGAUGACAUCACCGGUUUCAGUCAGGCCUCUCUUGGUAAGAGAUGACACAGUCUCAUUUUUAGGAGAUGGGAAAACCCCUCAAAUCCCUGCUACACUGGAUGAGUUCGUUCAGCCUCCAAUCCCACAUUAGACUCACCGAGGACGUAAAUACUCAGCCCUGUUCUGGCUUUGGGGUCAUGUGACCACAUCCUGUCAGAACGACCACCAAUAGGUUCGUUUUCUCAAUCAGGUAGUCAAUUUAGGUGGAAAAGCCCGUUCUUCUUGUGUUUUUUUAGCUGUGAUGUUCUGGAAACUGUCGUUCAGGGACCGUAAAUGGGCCUCGAGUGUCAUCCUGAGAGUGUUUUACUGUUUUUUUGUCGCUUAUUUUUGACAAAUCUCUUUCAUUUUGUAAUUUUCUGCUGUUUUGAUGUGAGAUUUUUGCAUCUCUUCUUACUCCUGGUUCAGCUAACUCAGGACAGGUAGAGCUGCUGCGCUUUUUGGCUUUUGUUAUGGAAAAAAAAAAUAUUUACUUUGCAUCAACUGAUAUUUUGUGAGAAAAACACUUCAAGAUGCUGUGGAGUGAGAGAUUUUUGGAAAAAUUUUUUUUUUUUUGUAAAAAAAUAUAUAUCUAAUGUAUUUUUUAAAAAUAGCUUAUAUGAAUCGUUAGCUUUUAAUCUAUAUCAAGAUCAUUUUGCAACCUACAGGACUUUAGAGGUCUUUUAUUUCCAUUCAUACUGUUGUUUAUCAUUUCAAAAUGAACCCAUACGUCUUUGCAUCUUAUUUAUUUCUAUAAAUCUUUAACAAAUAUUCCCCCAAAAAGUCAUCUUAGAAAAAUAAGACUUAAAAAAACACUUUUAAAGGGCUUUUAUCAUUCAAAAUCAACUUUUUAAAGCUUUUAAGUGUAUUUUAGUUUUCACUGCUCACUAUGAACAACCUUGAAGUGGUAUUUUGAUCCAUUCACGCAGCUCUAAAAACCUGCACUCUGAGCACCAGCCCCUUCCAACCCACAAAAACGAGCAGGUUCUCACGAGAUGAUGUCACAAAGUCAGAAAAGCGCUUUUCAAGAGUUCUGCGCUGCCAGAACCUCCCCAAGGCAAACACACACUUUUCCGAUCAGCUAGCGGAGCUCAGCCACUAACUUUGCCACUCAGUUAGCAAUAUUCAGCAGCUAGCUUUUUUGCUCAGCUAGCGGUGCUCAGCUGUUAGCCUUUCCGCUCAGCUGGCAAUGCUCGGCCGCUAGCUUCACUAAUCAACUAGCAGCGCUCAGUAGGUAGCUCAGCUAUCUGUGCUCUUCCCUAGCUUUGUCACUCAGCUAGCAGAGCUCCCCCGCUAAUUUUGCCUCUCAGCUAGCGUUCCCCAGCUCUAGCUUUGCUGCUCAGCUAGCGAUGCUCAGCCGCUAACUUUGCCGAUCAGCUAGCGGUGCUUAGCCACUAGCUUCACUGCUCAGCUAGCGCCGCUCAGCCCUUAGCUUUGCUGGUCAGCUAGCGGUGUUUAACUGCUGACUUCGCUGCAAAGCUAAUGAUACUCCGCCACUAGCUUCUCCGCUCAACCAGUGAUGCUCAGGCGCUAUCUUCUCUGCUAAGCUAGCGGUGCUCAGAUGCUAGCCCCGCCCAUCACUACAGCUGGUGUAGUGGAAUGAAAAAUUUGGAUGUUAUUUGUUUUCGAAACGCAGACGCGAUGUAGAGGCCGGCUCUGGGAUGACAUCAUAAAAUGGGCAGUACCUACAAGCAGUAAAAGGCGGAGCCUCAGAGAUCAAGUCAUCUUGCCUUAUGGCAGGUGAAAAGCUCAUAAACAAAAAUAACUAAUAUUUCGUAAAUAAUUAGUGUGCCAAAGGUAACAUAUGAUAAUGUGUAUGGAUAUAGUUUACUCUGAAAUACUUAAGAAAAGCAUGGAAUAGGCCCUUUAAGAAAAAUAAACCAAAAAAAUAAUGCACAACAGGUUUUAUCUUUGGCAAAAUGUUCAGCAAAGUGCAUUUAAUUUGGAUGUUUUUGGCUUCAUUUGAUCAAUUUAAAACAAACUAAUUAUCCGGUUCGACAGAAAAGAAAACAAAUUCAAACUCUGAUUCAUUUUUCAGCUUUUAUUUUGAAAACCUGAGCUUUAAUUCUGAAAAUAAAAGGUUAAAAAAAAUAUCCCAAAUCAUGACGGAUGAACUGAUGUUUGCUGCGGAAACCGCUGACUCACCUCGCCAAGGCGACCGGCCACUUCCUGUCUGAGGUUCUUACUCCAGAAUGCUCGGCAUCCUCGUGGUGUUUUGGCAGGAUUCCUCACCGUGUGGGAGUCCAACCCUCCUCCAUUUGUCUCUGCUGCACCUCCAGGGGCCUCCAUCCGUCUGGAGGCUCCCCCGUCAGCUCCCCCUGCUCCACCCUGGUUCCUGGAAGUUCAGGUCUUUACUUCCUGCUGCAUAUUUUUAUAUCUUCCUGUUUGAUUCUCAUCUAUGCUGACAGUCCAACAACACUGGAAAGCACUUUCCAUUCAGCCUCACCUUUUACUUUACUUCCUAAAGUACAGCCAAUUAUUUAUUUUAUUGUUGUUGCUUUGCUUUUGUUCAUAAAAAAUAGUGUUUUUUUAUCAUAUGCUGCCUAUUAUUGUUUGUUAAAGUAUUGACCACAAAGCUUUUCUGUGAUUUUUGGCACUUUGUGGGUCCAGGAGCUCCUCGCUUUCAAAGUAUUUUCUUUUUUAUUUACAUCACAGCAAAACUUUGCUUAUGUAAUCACAUCAGACUGAAUUCAAGUCUACUAGCGUCCUUUCAGCUGUUCUCUAAUUCUCCUGCUGUGAUGGAUAACCUUCAACGUUCUUCUAGAUUUGACUAAAAUAUUCUGCUAAUAAAGUUUCAAUGACGUUCUGAUCCAAUGAUCAGUUUUGAGAAACAAAAGUUCAAUUUUUGCAAAUAAACUUCAGAGGAUUCAGACCCUGUAGGAGAAAAAUAAACACAUUAUUUUAAAUAAAUAAACCCUACUGCGCCUUUUAUUGGAUAUUUAAAAAAUAAAACUGGAAAAAUACGCUUUUUCAUCCAGAUAGUCUUCAUUUUUCUUUAAUUUGUUGUGAAACGAGGGUUUACGCCGUUUCUCCAAAAACAUUUGUCGUCAUCAAAGUGUGAAUAUUGUGUGCGACUGAUAUUUGUGUAUGUGAGGACUUCAGGUUUGGUUAUGUAACCGCUUCACCGCUUUCGGCAGAAGCAGAAACACACAGACUCUGACUGUUUUCCUUUGUUGUGUAACGAGUGUCUCAUGAUGGAUGAAUAAAUCUGCUGUUUCUCUACCAAAA